UCUGUCUCUCCACCUCCGGUACAUCCCGUUUCGGUUCCCAUCACUGGUUUGGUUAUCUGCCUUCACAAAGGUAUAAAUUAUCCCAUAACAAAGACAAUGGUUAUCGAUUUCAUAAUUGGACGUUGAAUCUAUUUCAUAUGAUGGGAGUUGCUGGAGUGGAGUAUAGGUGCUGCUCUGCUAUGCGCUAUUCAUGGUGCUACCGUAUCAAAGACUUGAUUUGAAGAUGGACAAAGACCUCUCUCUCUCUCUCUCCGGCUCCACAACUUCCAUUAAAAAACCCUUAGCCCCUUGUUAAACUUAAAACCAUGGCUGGAAAAUUCAUCCUCCAAACCCUAGCUCCCUCUCUAACUUUAUACAGAAACCUUAUCGAUGCAUUUCGCUUUUGAAGUUAUUAUCAAACCUUUUCUCUUCAGUUUCCCUUGUAUUGAAACCCUAAAAAGAUGUUUUAUUCUCACUACAUUCUCGCCCGAAAGGGCCCUCUUGGAGCCGUAUGGAUGGCUGCGCAUCUCCAGCACAAGCUUCGCAAGUCUCAAGUUGCGGAGACCAACAUCUCUUCUUCUGUUGAUUCAAUCAUGUUGUCUGAAGUCCCCAUUGCACUAAGGUUAUCAGGGCACCUCCUACUGGGUGUUGUUCGGAUAUAUUCAAAGAAAGUUGACUAUCUUUACCAUGACUGCAAUGAGGCCUUAUCUAAAUUACGAAGUACCAUUGCCUCAAUACAUGUUGACCUUCCUGCAUAUGCAUCGUGUGCAGCAUUCAGCUCUGUCACUUUGCCUAACACAUUUCAACUUGAUGCUUUGGAUAUGGAUUACCACACAGCAGAGGCACCAGAUAAUCAUCUCAAACCUCAUGAUCAGAUCACUAUAUCAGAUCAGGUUCCUGGUGAAGGAAGUCCAUACACAAAAUUUUUUGUGAAUGAGGAUUUUCGAGGUAUGAGUUCCCAAUUUGGGUUCCAAGAUUUCGGGAUGACGAUAAUUGAAGAAGAUGUUCUUCGUCCUUCAAUAAAUACUAGUGUGGGCAUGGCUGGAAUUGAUCCUCAACAAAGUCUUGAAGAUACUAAUAAUAGAAUUUUGGAAGAUCAGUUUUUCCAUGAAACCCCAGAACUUCAGCGUGAUGUGGUCCAACCAUUGCCCUCCAACCCUGUAAUGAAUGACCUUGCUGGAUUUUCUGUACCACAAAAUAAACAUGUUGAUCAUGUCAUAGAUGAGGCAUAUGUGCCAGACAUAGUUGAAGCUCCUGUUCUUGAAGCCGGGCUAUUUCAUCCCGGUUCUGGUUUGGCUACAUUUUCAGGGGCAAAGAUACGUACACCAGAGAUUCUUCCAAGCCCUCCUUCAGGGGCCAAGAUACCAACACCAGAGAUUCUUCCAAGUGCUCCUUCAGAGGGCACAAUUAAGAUGGCUUCAAGUCCUCCUGUUCAGAACAUAAAUCGGAGAUCAAGGAAGAGGAAGCAGUUUGAUGAAGUCAUUGUAUUGUCUAAUGAGGACAUGAAAAUGCAACUGCAAGAUGCAAGCAAACUUGUGCGUAAACGUAAGAAAUGCCCAGUUUCAAUUCUAGAUGUUCGGGAGGCCUACAAGAGCUCUCACAUGGAUCAGAUUUUCCUUGAGCCCUCAAUACCUGACUUGUGCAUGCCUCUCCAAGAAGCAUUCAAAAAAGUGUUGCUUGCUCCCAAGGUUGCAGGGCCUUCUGUGGAGGAUCCACAAGGUCCCAAAAGAGUUCAAUCUCCUGAUGGCCCUUCUUCUAUACCAAAUGAAGAAAUUGAGGAGGCUUUUGUGGAGGAUCGACAAGAGAUCACAAGAGCUCCAUCGCCUGCUGGUCGAUCAACUAGGGCUGUGCCAAAUGAAGAAACUAGACAGGUUCCUAUUGAGGACCCACAAGAAGGCAUAAGAGCUCCAUCUUGUGCUCACACACCAUCUACUCCCAGUGAAGAAAUUGAUAGCUUCCCCCAACUGCCAUAUCCUUUUCCAAGAAUAGGGGACUCCACUUAUGAAAUUCCUCACACUGUGGGAUCAACGUUACCUAGCGGAAUGACUUUGGAAACUGAGAAUAUGGAGUGGGAACCUCCAUCUGCUGACCUGCUUGAAGCAUCAGCUGCUGAUCAAGAGGAGCAGCUACGUGUUAUUGAGACACCAGAGGACCUAAGCUUUUUGAAGGCAGAUGCUGGUCAAUCAGAGGGACCUAGAGAAGAUGGUGUGCAUACCUGGUCUGUGAGGACCAGGGCAGUUGCACAAUAUCUACAGAAAGCCUUUCAAUCCGAGAGUUCAAAAAGACCUUUAAGAAAUCUAAGCUUGAACAGAAUUAUUGAAGGAAGAACAAGAAAUGAGUGUGCCAAACUGUUCUUUGAAACUUUGGUUUUGAAGAGCAAUGCAUUUAUUGAAGUGCAACAAGAAGAACCUUAUGGUGAUAUAAACCUUUCAAUGGCUCCUAGACUGGCAAAGGGAAAGUUUUGAAUCCUUUGCCUUGUCAAUUAUGCAUAAUGACCCUCCAUAUCAGGGGCGUCACUAUUGAAAGCACAAUUAACCCCCAAGGGAGGGCGAGUAACACCCAAAAUGAUGUGGUUAGGGAGCAGCAGUGAUUAGCCUUUGAAUUGACAAUCAAUUACAUAUGCUUUUGAUAUCUACAACCUUAAG